AUGCCGUGGGAGCGGCGAGGCAGUAAUGCGCGUUUGCCGCAACACAUUCCACCGCGCUGGAGUUCCUGCCUGAAGCCGAUGCCAAACAAAGCAAACUGCAAAACCUACGCCACCCCCCCCCCCACCAAAGCCCAUCUGACCAGCACGCAUCACCUCGAUUGUUGCCGGCUGAGGGCAAACCAGGGUUUGGGGAACCGAGCAGGCUGCAAAGGAACCGAGCCAGUGGCGGACCAAAGUGAAGCUCGGGCACCUCCAAUACCCCCAAAGCCAAAUUUCACACGCCGGGCCGCAAGGAACGCACAGCAGAAUAAAAUGUGCCCCAGCGCCUCCUCACCCACGCCGCUGCGAAACCACAGCGCCUCUCCCCACCAUGUGCUAUCCUUGUAA